AUGAAUACUGUUUGCAAUCAUAGAUUUCGCACUGAAGAUUCCUGGAAGGGAAUAAUCAUGAAAGUGGGCACAAACUUAAUGUAUGAUCCAAAAGCAUUCAACCACACCAUCGCAAAAGUGAUCGUGCACGAUCAGUGGGACACCGUCGAACAGGCCAACGACAUUGCCCUGGUCAGAUUGAAACUCAAACUUACAUUCCUCACUAAAGGGCUACAGUACACCAUAAACAGCGUGUGUCUGCCCAAAAAAGACUUUGAAGUGGCCGUGAGCACCACGGUGACCCUGUCCGGUUUUGGUCAGUUGGGUGAGCACGAGUCUAAGCCAGAUUAUUUGCAAAAAUUGGACAUGCCCAUUUUUGAUCACGAAACAUGUAUUAAAAAUUACGACGAGCACGUGAAGCUUAAUGAUAUGAAAUUGUGCGCUGGUGGUAUUGGUGGUCAUGAUUCGUGUAUGGGCGAUUCUGGCGGACCGCUUAUAUAUAACAUUGAGGGCCGAAUGCAUGUGAUAGGUGUGGUGUCCUUUGGUUUACCAUGUGCUCAAAAAGACUAUCCGGGUGUAUAUACAAAGGUGUCAAAGUAUUACGAUUGG